GCCUCUUUCUCGCUCCAUCGCCCCCCAUCAUCUUCGCAGGGACAGCAAGAGCCGCGUGGCUCGUCCGGGGAAGGAGGGAGAGAGAGAGAGGGAGGGAGGCAGGCAGGCAAAGCAAGGCAGAGACAGGAGAAGACGGCGAGGGAGGCUUUUCUUGGUGGGGGGUGACGCAGAGAGCUUUCCCUCCCUCCUCCGGUGGGUCUCUAACCCCCCCUCACCCCGCCUCCACAACAGACACACAGGCACAGAGUGACAGCCACGUCGAGAGCAGCGGCAGAGAUGUCUUCGGAGAAAACAGGACUCCCCGACUCUGCCCCCCACACCUCUCCUCCUCCCUACAAUGCACCUUUGCAGCCGCCUCCUCCACCCCCACAAGAUGCCCCCAUCCCCGGCUACAGCGACCCCCCUGCCACGACCGUCCACUCAGGCACUGCCACAUUGCCCCGGCUCGGAGGGGCUGCUACCCUGCCCCGCCCUCCCCCUACAUCAGCCACCCUGCCACGCCCGCCACGCCACCAUUCCGCCACCCUGCCACGCCUCCCCCCGGAUCCCUACAUGCAGGAAACUCAGUUCAAUGGAGCCCCUCAGGGCUACGUCGUGCAGACUCAUCCACCAGUCGGGACCCUACCAAUUGGAGGCUAUAUGCACCCAGGAUACCCUGUCCAGCUGCAGCCGUGCACGGCAUACCUUCCGGUCUACCCAGUAGGGGCGGCCUACCCUCAGGCCAACCCUCCACCUCCACCAUCUCUGUCCCCUACACAGAUGACCCCCGGCAUCGCCAUCCUGGAACCGAGGCGCCCGCCCCACGAUUACCUUCCCAUCGCGGUCCUCACCACCAUCUGCUGCUUCUGGCCCACAGGGAUCAUUGCUAUCAUCAAGGCCGUGCAGGUGCGGACUGCGGUUGCCCGCGGCGACAUCGUAUCAGCAGAAAUUGCCUCACGAGAGGCCCGCAACUUCUCCUUCAUCAGCCUGGCUGUGGGCAUCGCAGCCAUGGUCCUGUGCACUAUCCUCACUGUAGUGAUCAUCAUUGCUGCCCAGCACCAUGACAAUGACUGGGACCCCUAGCGCCCGGCAGCCUUGCCUUCCGACUCCUCCUGUGCCCCUGGCAACUGGUGUCAACAGCCCUGGAAGGAAACCAACAACACACCCCGGCAAUCAUUGCUCCCAAGGAUGGUCCUUGGCAACCGUCUCCCCUGCGGUCCUUAGCAACCGUCUCCUCCCCCACCGCCAACAAUACUUGGAAUGCUUGGCAACCGUCUCCCACAAAGCUCUCGGCAGUAUUAAUGGUACCUACUCAGCAAAAUGACUUCCGGAAAACGAUAUUCAGACUGAAUGCUGACACGCCCGAGGGGGCCCGUCAGCUGGGGCUCCUCGCAACGAAUUUUCCAUCCUGCCGGUUUUUAAUUUUUUUUAUUUUAAUCCAGAAUACUUUGCUUGCUUCUUUCCUUCCCAAAGAGUAGGCUCUGCUCUCUCGUGCCCAUGGCAACAGCCGCCUUCCUUCUGCUGCAUUCUGCAUGCAUCCUACUGCCCGUUUAACAGGACAAUGCACCACACCUGUGUAUUCAUUAAGCAUUACCCCUUUGUAUCCACAAUUGCUUUCUGGCAGUUCCACCACGUGAAAUAAGGCCAAAUAAGAUGCUCUGCCAGUGAUGCUGCUGUUCCAUCAGCCAAUUCUCCCUUCCUUGCAGGAGGAGGUGGAGUGACCGAAUAUUGGGGGCAGUUUGAACCUCUUACCUCCCUUUUAUUUUGUUUCCCAUCCAAAUCCACCCUUCUUCUCUGCACUAAAUAAUACAGCCUUGC